CUAAUUAUGCCAUAAUUUUUUUUUGACUGAGCCACGCUAACACAUAAUAUUGAUCGUUCCUCAUCACUAUAGUAUUUAUUCAAUCAUGGCUCCAGGUCACCUAUACUCUUGUUUAGCUGUUUUUAUAGUAGCUUCUCUUAUAUUUUCAUACUCGUUAUGCCUUGCACAGUUUCCAAAGAAAGAGAAAUUCCACGCAGUGAAGGAAGAUGUGGCACACGUACGAUGCGAAACUUGCCAAAAAGCAAUCAAAUAUUUAAACCUCAAAACUCAAGAGAUGAGAGACGACAGUCCAACUAAAAAGCUAGAGGAAGACAAAAUAAUUGAACUGGUGGAAAAAACCUGUGAUCCAGGUAAACAAGAAGGUGAAUGGAUUACAAAGUUUGACAUUGUUCCACGUGACAGUAAACUACAUCUUGAGGAGCAAAAAGACUAUGGGAGAUGUAGAAGAGAAUGCCAGACUAUUGCUAAAGCAUGUGAAGAAUCUAUUGGGGAAGCUGAUACUGAUCUUGCUGAAUUGUUAUGGCAAAACAAACUGACCCUCUCAAAAUUGAUUAACAAAUAUUGUUAUUCAAUGACAAAAUCAUGUGGGAAGAAAACUAAAAAGAUAAAGGCAGACAGGGAAGAUGAAGAGUUUGUUCCUAUGACUGAAGAUGAACGAAAAGCUGAUGCAGUUAUGAAGCAGAUGAGUGGAAUGCCUGGAAUGCCUGGGAUGGAAAUGUAUUCUCGUGAGGAUAUAGAAAAAGCUAAAGAACAAAUGGAACAGCAASAAAAGGGAGAACAAAAAGAGCUGCCGAUAGAUGAUGAAGGCUUGUUAUAUGCUGGUGGAGGAGUUAGUUUUUGGCAGAUGGUAAAAGAUGGUAUCAACAGGAUAUCCACAUGGUUUACAAAUAUUUUUCAUCCCACAUCACGAAAAUCUGAAUUUUAACAUAACUAAGAUUUGAAUGAAUAAUAUUUUAUAAAAUGUUUUAACAUUAAAAUAAUGUAAAUUAUGCAUUGUUGUAGACAGAGAGUCCUAGAUUACCUGUGACCCUUUCCAUUAGGCAUGAUAAAAGUGUUCUGUGGGAAAAGAAUGACAUUUUUUCUGAAGGUUAAAAGAGUUUUAAACAAGAAUGUAAUUAUUUUUGUUAUUUUAUUCAUCUUUCUGCUUUUGUUUUAAUAAAGUGUCUGACUUUGUUUAAGAAAGUAAAAAAUGCUCUAAUCAUGGUUGGGAUUGUAGUCCAAUAAAAUUUGACAAGAAAAA